UGCCGUCAUUUGAACGCGUUUGAGCGGCGGUUUUUGCAGAGGUCCCGCACGAGACUGCGCUCAGGGUUCGCAGGAAGCUGCACUGAGCGGAAGUACAGAAGUGGAGUUUGAAGCAGCAGCAGUGGGUUAAAAGACGAGCUGAUGAUGCAGGAGGAGGCGGGUCGCUCAGCCACAUACACCCUGCCCUGCGAUGACUACGUCCACGUGGUGGAGUUCAGUCCGUAUGACUGUGGCACUGCCACCUCGCUCCUUGCCUACACACAAAGCUGCCAUGUGGUCGUGGGAACGUGCCGAUUCAAGGAAGAGGAUAUGGAUGUAGAUGGAGUAGAGUUCAAUGCCCUGCGCGUCUUCAUACAUGGUGUUCGUGUUGAUGCUUUCGCAUGGAGUCCAGAAUCCAGACUGGACAAACUGCCUCAGAUGAUCAGGUUUUGCACUGCGUCAGCCGACAGAAAACUGCGACUCUUUUCUUCAGACCUUCAGAAGGUGGAUGAAGUAUCGGUGAUGGAAGGACACACCAGCUACAUCAAUCAUGUCGUCUUUGAGCCCACGGAAGGAAAGCAAAUAGCAUCGGCCAGCGACGAUCACACUUGCAGGGUUUGGGAUCUGGAAGGGAAUGAAACCAUACUGUUACGAUUGUGUUCUCCAGGAGUCACCGUGUGCUGGCAUCCUGAGGAGGUUUUUAAGCUGAUGGUGGCUGAGAAAAAGGGCACGAUACGUUUCUAUGACCUCGUUAACCAGCAAGCCAUUCUGUCUCUGGACAGCGGGCAGAUGCCCCUCAUGUCUGCUGACUGGUGCCUCACCAACACUGUUAAAGUGGGCGCUGUGGUGGGCAGCGACUGGGUGAUCUGGGAUAUUACACGGUCUAGUUAUCCUCAGGAGAAGAGGCCAGUGCAUUUGGACAAAGCACGACUCUUCAGAUGGUCGAGAGCAAACGAAAAUCUUUUCGCCACCACCGGCUGCCCAGGAAAGAUCAACAGUCAUUUACUGGUGCAUCACCUCGGUCACCCUCAGCCGGUGAUGAUCGGCUCGUCAGUUGUGGGCUCGGGUCUCAGCUGGCAUAGAACCCUCCCCCUGUGUGUGAUUGGUGGAGACCGAAAGCUCUCCUUCUGGAUGACUGAGAUGUGAACCAGCUUUUCGUCAUGCCUCAAAAGAAUGCUUUAUGAACCAGGCUUUGAGGCUCAUCUCGGGCCCAGGCUCUCUAUCGCACUGUGCAGAAUCUUCAGCUCCUCUCUCAUUUGGCCCAGAACGUUCUGGAUCUUAGCUGGUUCAUCCAGGAUCUCCACAGAGCAGGUGUACGGCUCGUACCUGAUGGAGAACGGCUUCUGGAUGCUGGAGGAGUACUGCCUGGAGACCAGAAAUCAGCAGCGUGAUUAGUUAUUUUCAGCAGUCACAUUAAUAAUAAAAUGUUAAACAUCUUUUGCCAUUGGACAUUAUUAAACAGUUUGUGUUUUAGGUUAAGCAUUUUAAAGCUUACAAAAU